GUUGUAUUUAAACGUUAUGAUUUUGCAAAAUUGGUACGGGCGUUUAUGAUAUUGAAAGAUCAUACAUGGAAGGAUCUUUUCAUGAUAUACCAAUUAACGUUUGAUAUGGUAGGAACCAAUUACGUUCAAGGAAAGGAGUUCAACUUCGUGAAAUAGAUAUCUAACAAAAUUUAUGGUUAUCACCAUUGUUAUUGUUUACAGUGAUGCAGACGUAACAGGCUUGUUUUUAGACGUUUGAUUGUUUAAGUAUCUACCCUCUAGCUGCUGCAAAUUUUGCGGCUGUUAGGAGAUGCAAUUGAUUAUGAGACAAACCAACGUUUUAUUUUGAUGCACAUUAGUGAAAAAAGGAUGAGAUUUGGUUGUUUUCUUAUUCAGAAUUGAGAUUUAAGUGGUGCUUCUUUUAAUUGGUAUAAUAUUAAAAACCAAAACGUCCAUGUUGUGCAGGUUGUUUAAAGUUUAGUGAGAUUGAUUUUCAGGAAAUUCCAAGUUUAUUCAUGAGGUCGAGUUGCCAACAAUGUUAGGUUCUGGCUGGAGAAGUUUUUCGUCGGGUGACGAAUACCAUCAAUACUGCCUGUCACAAAGUUGGUUUCAAAAGCUGAUAUUUCUAACUUCAGACCAAAUAAUAUCCUUCCAGUCAUCUCAUUAGUGCUCAAGGAGUAGCUAAAAUUCCACUGUCAAAUAUAAGUUGGAAGCAUACCUCCUAUUCAUCACAAACUGUUGAUGUCUCUUACAUCUAUGACUUAUCAUUGUGAACUUCUUGACCACGUAAUUGAAUAUAACAAAUUUGAUUUGUAUUGUAUCCUGGUUUAUAAUAGAGUUUUGUCAGGGUUUUACGCAAACUGCUACUCUUAAGAUUUGCCUUGUGGGAACUGGUAUUACGUGGACGAGGUUAGCUGAGUACAAAACCUAUACUUGAUACGUGUUAUAUUACGUUGGCCCAGAUACGUAUACAGUUGAUAGUAUAAACUAAUUCCCAGAUUUCCAACAAUGUUGUUUCAAAAUGUAACAGCUAAAGGUCCUGGAUUAAUUGUAAUUCAUUGACGGUUGAAAAGUGUUUCACGAGGGAACAUUUUCGCUAGUAGUGGAACUCUAACCUUGUCAUGAAGCUAGAGCGGCAACUUCUAAUGAUUUUCCAACCAGAUCCACCAGGUCAUCUCAACAUCACCUUGUACAUCGUUUUAUUCGUGGUAAUAUAUAACGGAUUUUUCUGCUCAAUCGUGUUUUUGAAGAAAAUUUACUAGUCGAUUUUGAUUAGUAAAAUAUUUGUGUUGCAUAGUAAAGUUAUUAUUUAGAUAAUACCUCGUUUUUAUUUCGGAAUAUUUUACUGGUUUUUUUUCUAGGGCUUUUAGGCUUGUCAGCUGCAUGUAACUUGCCUCCAUAUUUGGACAAAGCAUCCAAAAAACAUUUUCCAUCAAUUCAAGCAGAGCCAUGGAAACAUUAGAAUCUAUGUUGAAAGCUGUACGCGAUUUUCUUACCUUUCUUGAACAGAAUAAACAAAAUAUUCUCAAUAUAUCGUCUGUUCCAUCUGUGAAAUUUCACCCAGUACCAGGUUGUUCGGAAUAUACAACCAGUCUCCCUUCUGCGAAAAAUGAUUACGUUGCUCAAACCCCUUUUGUACUGUUACCUAAACUUAAUGAAAACCCAGAUAUCUCCCGAAGUGUCGAUACAUAUUGUAAAACGCCCAAGUCAUCAAGGCCUACUCUUAAUCGUUUAAAUAUACCAUGUUCAUUAUCGUCUGAACUAUAUUCAUGGUGUCCUGUCGGACUACAAGUAGAUGGAGAUUGUUCUCUUGCUGGAAUAGAAAGAAGACCAAAUCAAAUGUCUUGUAGAUUUGUAGUAACUAAUCGUGUGUCAUAUGUUUCAGAAAAUGGUCAGAUUGUAUGCACGGAAGGUAACAAUAUAUAUUAUUUACGUGGGGGAUUUUCUUGGACAACAUUUUGUGCACUUUAUCCUAUGCUGUUAAUUAACUCACCUCCUCCUGGAAUAGUUGAUGCAUUUUCUAAUGGUUUUCCUGCACAUAAUUGGAGAAGUUGGACUCAAGGACUGCACUACUUUAUAUCUACUGCUUCCGAAGGGAUUAAGGAAUCUGUAGUCAUUAGUUCUGAUGUACAACCUAUAAAUAUGCCAAGUCCUAUUUGUGCUAAUAGGUUGCCAAAGGAAAAUCAAUAUAAGCAUAUAUUAAAUCCAACCAAUCGUGAUGUAGAUCUAGAUUCAUUUGUUGGGAAUACAUUUCGUGAUUUGGAAAAAGAUUUGGAGCUUGCUGAUCCUGUUAAGACGAGUAUUCAAACAAAUCAUAAUCAUAGUAACAAUAAAUCACCAAUUGAAUUAAAUGAUAAUAAUAAUAAUUUAUCAUCAAUAGAUUCAUUUUCUCAUUUCACUUCAGUAUCUGAAAAUCAUUAUCCACCAUUAACAUCUAUUCAUUUAUCAAAAAAAUUAAGAAAAUCGAAAUUUAUUGAUAAAAAUCAAUUAAAUGAUCCAAAUCAUUUAAUCAAUAAAAAAUCAAUAAAACAAAAUAAUCAAUAUUUAUUAACAGAUAAAGCUAAUUUACGUAAAAUUAAAAAACAAACAAAUAAAAGUCAAUUACGUAAUUUAUUAUCAAAUCAUCAAUCUUUAUUCAAUGAUCAAAGUGAUAAUAAUAAUGAUGAUAAUGAUGAUGAUGAUAAUAUUGAUGAACGUUAUCGUUUAUAUACAGCCUCAGGUAAAGUAGUUGAUGUUAGACAGUUAAACCGUACAAGAUCUGGACGCAUCGUCAUACCGAAACUAGACGCGCGUUAUGAACAAAGUGUUGUUUUAAAUCGUGGACAUGUAAUGGGUGUCAGUCGUAAUACAGAUGAUGAGACUUUAAUAUCUUGGGUCUCGGAAUCAUCUAGUCAUUAAUAGAAGCGGUAAUUAUAUUUUGUACGGGCGAUGCAUUUCAAACCCACUGAUUUCAUCGGUGUACUUAUUUUUUUUAACAUUUUGAUUUUAUUUUUAUAUAUUAUAUUUAAAACAAUUCGAAUUAUUUAA